GCAGCUCGGCUGCCUGCAAUCCAACAUGGAGUAGAGAGAGAUGGGGCUCUAGCGGGGCCACCCCUCAGUAACAACAGCGACGACGCGCUUUUUACGCACAACUGGAACCGGAGUCGUCGGUGAAAACAUGCGCCUUAGGACUUAAAAACGGAGUGUGUGCCUUGCGUGUCCGUGUGUGUGCGUGCGUGUGUUUGGGGAGGGGGGGAGAGAAGAGAAGAGCUGGAUUCGGCUACUCAACUGUCUCUAUAGGCUACGUUACCUACCGAAGGCGAUGGUGUAUUAAAGUUAUAGGAAAGGGGCACUUGCGAUCCAGAAGAAACUGGGUAGCUCCGGGAGGGGAGGGAAAGAGGGGAAAAGUGUGGAAAAGAAGACGGAGGCACAGCCAGUCGAGGGCAAGCCAAAGAGCCGACACUCGCACAAAGGCGCAGGGGGGAUUUAUGCGGAAUUGGAGACAGAAUCGGAGGAGCCGCGGAGAAAGAAUGACGAGCGAAAAGUAUGCAACCGCCGUGGUACAUUACCUGAGGUGAAGCGAGAAAAUGAUAGAAGAAACACACCCAAACGAUGACAGCUACAUCGUGCGUGUAAAAGCGGUGGUGAUGACGCGGGACGACUCGAGCGGUGGCUGGCUGGCCCAGGACGGGGGAGCUCUGACCAGGGUCGGGGUGUGCCGUCUUCUGCCACCAGAGCUGGCCCCCGUGCCGGCCUCCAGCUUCUCCCAGUUCCUCAUCCGUGGCGAGCGACUGCGAGACAAACAGGUGAUCCUGGACUGUCCGCUGAGGAAGGACCUUGUGUACACCAUAGCAACGCCCACGUUUCACCAUUGGAAGGUGGAGGACAGGAAGUGCGGCCUGUCCUUCCAGAGUCCAGCUGACGCCAGAGCAUUCGACAGGGGGGUGCGGAAAGCCAUCGAGGACCUGGCUGAAGGCUCCACCACCUCCUCUACAGCACUCCAGAACGAGGGCGAACUGGGUGACGACGACGUCUUUACUAACACCACAGACAGCUCAUCCAACUCCUCCCAGAAACUGGAGAGCUCUCUGCAGCCGCUCGAGUCCUCGCCCCUUCCGCAGAGACACAAGUGCAUGCUGGGACACCGCCACGACCUCCACGACCCCUACCGCCUGUCAGACCACUACUUCUUGGACCAGCCGUUGCCUCGACUUCCCCGUCACGUCACCUUCCAGGAGGACGAGGAAAUCGUCCGGAUCAACCCUCGGGAGCGCAGCUGGGAGCGAACCACCGAGCGUCAUCAUGGACGGCCGUCGGACCGCCCCUGGCUCACGGGCUACGAGGACUACCGCCACGCCACCGUGCGUGACAAAUUCAUCCAAAUGGACGACUCUGAGUCCUACGUCCACUUUGCCAAGACGGAGGCGCAGAAGCACGACUACACCUACCCGCUGGCACCAGCCCUGUCGCCCUCAGACUCUGACCCCGCCCUCGGACCCUUGGUCAGUAAGGGCCACGGCAGCUCAUAUCGGCAAGGCUUCUCCUCUGUGGUCUCCUCCCAGCCCCGCUCCUUCCUCCCGAGCUCCUCUCCAUCCACCAAUGGUGGGAAGGGGCGGAAGGAGGACGGGGUGGAGCGCGCUCAGUGCGAGCACUGCGGCGAGGCCUUUUACGUCUCCGACAACCGGAGAGGCCGGUGCCAGGAUGCGCCGGACCCUGUGCGGGCGUGCAUUCGGCGGGUCAGCUGCAUGUGGCUGGCAGACACGAUGCUCUACCACUGCAUGUCAGACCCAGAGGGGGACUACUCAGACCCCUGCUCCUGUGACGGGGGCGAGGGCGGCGGGGGAGGCCGGCUCGGCUCGCGCUGGCUAGCCCUGCUCGGCUUGUCUCUGGUGGCGCCCUGCCUCUGCCUCUACCCGCCUCUCCACGCUUGCCACCGGGCGGGGCUCAGGUGCGGCUGCUGCGGGGGCCGACACAAGGCCCUGAGCUGAGCGGCCUCUCGGAGGAAGCAACAAAAAAACCUAAACCCAACGCAAGCACAGGGAAAGGGAAGGAUGGGGAAAUACGCAGAGGGGACAAGCGGUCACGGCUGCUCGCUCUCUUGCCUUGGUUUCUCUGGGUUUCUCGACAAAUUCCAGACACUGAAAUAAGCCAAAAAAAAAACAAAAAACAGUUGGUGCAUUUUCUGAACGGCCUGGGAAGAUAAGCUCCCCCUUACGGCAGACAGUUCUCUCAGCUCUCCACGUGGCCAUUUCAUGCUCUGUUUCUAGUGAGAGAGCACUCUUUUUCAGGGGGCCUUUUUUUUUUUUUUUUUUUUAUAGCUGACCUAUAUGUCAUGUAUCACAUAUGCAGGUACUUUAUACUUUGUACACUGACUCGGCGUCAAAGAACUUGAAUUGUUUCUUUGUUCUGUUUUUUUUCUCUCCUUUGAUGUACGCGUGGCCAUUUUGUUUAUAUUCUAUUCCAAUAUCAGGCCCGCUCAACUCCAGCUACAAGAGAAAUCAGACACUACACCUCUUUGCGUGUGUGUGCGAGUGUGUGUAUGUAUGUGCGUGUGUGUGUGGAUAGUAUAUGUGCAUGCUUACAGUGUGCGCCGAGGCCUUUUGUUGUCUGUACUGCAGCUUAUAGUAAAGCUCAUGUAUAUAGUCUACAUAGCUCUCCACCUUCGACAUCUUUGUUCACUGAAACAAACGUGGUACUCAUCUUAAUCUUCUAAUAGCCCAAAGAUUUGUGUUUUUAUCCUAUUUAUUUUCUCACUGAAUUGAUCCGCCAGCAAAAGGACGCUGGGUUGUGAUUUGCUCACACGAUGAGAUGGUGCUUCACGUCACGUUACGAUGCUCGAGCAUCCGUCUCCCCGCUCCUUUCCCGUUAUUUCAAACAGUGCCUCAACUAUCGCCUGAACCAGGAAUCCAUCCAGUCUGAGAAGUCCAGUCACUUUUCUUGGCUCGAAGCGGCGUGAGAUUUUAAGGCCUCGUUUUCUGCAGAACCUCACUCAGCAGUCCGUGUCACGUGAAGACCUGAGAAGUCGAUCAGAGACGCCGUUGAAGUCGGCGCCCGUUAUGCCUUAAAAUGUGGAGCGUCGUGCCGAGCGUCACCCCCCCGUCCCCUCCGAAGAUGUCUGCUAGGAUGACGCGCGAGAGCGUGCUCACAGCGCCAAGCAAUCAGCCUCACCGUCACCCUUUUAAACGCAGUGUAAACUAUUUUUGUAAUGAAAAGUAAUUCUUAAAAAAGGCUCUCAUCAAGUGUGCUUGCGAUGUACAAUCAGCUCCCGUCUUUAAGCCGCCCCCCUUGCCAGCGGAGCCCACCAGUCAUGAUGUGGAACAGCAAAUUCAUAACUGGUGAUAUGAUUGGUUCAGUGAAUGAACUUAGUAUGAAUAUAGGUAUUAAAAUCUCCUUACUAGUGAAAAUUAGUAUAAAACCUUUUGACAUGUGCAGCCUCAUGUCACGUUAAUGAAACACAAGUCAUUAUUGAGUUGAAAAGGAAAUAAUCAGACAUUUUGGGAAAUAUUUCGCUGUCUUGCUAAGAACUAUGAGGGAAUUGAUACCACUCUCAUUUCUGUUUAGCUAACCUGGAGCCUGGGGAAAGUUAGCUUAGCUUAGCGUAAACACUGGAAGCAGGGAAAUCUUGCCAGUCUCCGUCUAAAGGUAACAUCCACCUGCCAGCACCUCGAAAGCUCGCUCACUGAAACAGUCAUUUGUUUAAUCCGUUCAAAAAACGAAGUGUAGAAACAAGUUGUGGUUUCAUGCAGGUGACAGGAUGAACUCAUUCUUGGCCUCCCAGCGACUUCCUGGAAUCUCCGCUUGUGUCUUUACCUUCUUUUAUUUUACCUUUGAGUAUUUCCCAAAGUGUCAAACUAUUCCUUUAAAGCCAGAUUACUUUUGUGUAAAUGGGAGAUUAAGAGAUCUCUUGCUGAAACCAGUUACAUCGACUGGCGUGCGCUGUUCCUCCGUCCUACAACGUUUUUGUUCCCUUCAAGCCAGUUUUGGUUCACGCCACCCCCACGAAGAGUCGGAUGAUGGACUCGACUGAAUUGAGGUAGAAACAGUUGAAGCCUGCUCAUUCAGGGUUAUGGCGGGUGUGUGUACAGACUCAGGUGGUGGGAAAAAACAAAAAUUGCGCACUCACUCGCCGGUGUCCCCUUCUGUUUGAGUGACACUUCAGCCAGCCAGUCACGCCCUCGCACCGGCAGCGCGACACUAAACCUGCAACCGCCUGGGUGCUUUACGCUUCGUCUCGGCCCGGUCGAUGGCAGCAUCGGGGAUGUGACUGGGAACACAAUAAGCUUUUAAAAACACAAAAGAGAAGCAGGACAUCUGUUGGGUCCCAUUGGUAAAGAACGGGAGUCCGAAAAACAGCUGAAAUCCUGGAAACAAACAUCCAUCCCUGAUUGUUUUGCCAAGGAAAUGUCACUUACUGUAGUUGAAAUGCAGAAUGCCUGAGGAUGUCCUUCUUCCUUCCCUGGUUGUGUCUGUUUCAUGCAUCCUGUCCUGUACCAGUGUGUCCUUGGUGUGUGUGUGUGUGUUUUUAACCCACAUCCCUUUCCCCUCUCCUGCUCCUUGAUCCGAAGCUGCUGGGAUCAGCUGAGCAUGCUGUCACCCAGUAACACCUAUCCAGUGGAAUCAGAUCCUCAGAUGAUGGGAUGCAUCGGGGACAGGGCCAAUCAGAUUGGAAAGUGUGUGUGUGCGUGUGUGUGUCAGCGUUAAAUCGUUUUUUUUCUCCGUCUCGUCUGGUGUCCGAGUGUGUUCUCACAUGUCAGAGCCAUUUACAAGUGCCUGAACGCAUCCUCUUUAUCUCCUUGUGUAUUUAAAUUGAAAAAUUAAAGAAACGACUCCCUGUAAUGAAUUAGACCCAUUUUUUACGCUUAGUAUUUUUACCUCUGUAAAAAAAAGAGCAAAAAUUAUAUUAUAUAUAUCAAGUGUAUGUUGUACAUUUUUAUUUCUAUUUUGUUUUUUUUUUUAAAUAACUGUUUCUAACAUGUACGAUGGAUGUAGCUCUUGCUUUCGAGAAGGAACAGGAAGUACUUUGUAGAUACUGAAGGGUGGCCAGGUCUGUGAGAAGUGAAAUGUGUGUCUUACC